AUGAGGGUUGUUGCGGUGGCUGUAGCUGCAGAUAGUGGGCUGUGUGUGGUGGCUACGCUGGAACUGCCCGGGCGGCACCUGAAGCGGCUGCCAGGCCCAGUGUGCGCCCUGGGCAGCUUGCAGAAGCUCUACAUCAGCGGCACGGGCUUGCGGGAGCUGCCCGAGGAGAUCGAGGGGCUGCGGGAGCUGCAGAGCCUGGCGCUGGACUUCAACAAGCUGGAGGAGGUGCCCGAGGCGCUAUGCCGCCUGCCUCGUCUCACCCGCCUCUACCUGGGCAGCAACCGUCUCUUUGGCCUCCCUGCGGAAUUUGCCCAGCUCCAGACUCUGCGCUGCUUGUGGAUCGAGAACAACUACCUGUACCACUUCCCGCGGGCCUUGCUCCAGAUGCCUGCAUUACAGUCCUUGCAGAUGGGUGACAACCGACUCCGGGCACUGCCGGGCAGCUUGCCACGUAUGGCUGGCCUGCGGGGCCUCUGGCUGUAUGGGAAUCGCUUUGAGGAGUUUCCACAGCCCCUGCUCCGCAUGUCCCAGCUCCAUAUCCUCGACCUUGACCGCAACAAGAUCAUCGACUUCCCAGACCUAGCCCACCUGAAAGGGUUACGGCUCUUCUCCUAUGACCAUAAUCCAGUUAAAGCACUCCCCAGUGUAGCUGACACUGUCACCCUGGUUGGUGAUGGGGCUCAGGAGCUGAUGGAGGCCAGGGAGGAACGUCUCCAGAACAUCCGGGAACAGGAUGAGCAGGAGAAUGGCUCAGAAGCCAUGCAGGGCACCCUGAGGAAUGACUCCUCUCUGCUAGAGGAUGCGGAGGGCAGUUUCUCUGCCCUGGAAUGCUCCCCAGAAGAGACAUGAGCAUGGGCAUUACAACAACAUGGUUGCUGCUCAGAAAAUCUGGUGGACAUUCGUGGACUGGUGGAUCCACUUCUGCACUGCAUGGAGUGAGAGUUUGCAUGGACCAUCUCUGGCUAUGGAGGCCACAGUCUCCCAGCUAAGGCCAUGGGCAACUACCAGUCCAGGGAGUCACUAUCUUCUUGCAAGAGACAGGAAAAGCAUGAGUCAAAGCGGUCGCCGUCUCCUUGCUGAGGCCACAGACAGCGAAGGGGAUCAGCAUCUAUAUGCAGAAGUGUUGGGCAAUCCCUGCACCCCUGAGGCAUCCUGCCAAGCCACAGGACACAGGGGUUGGCAGGGGAAAUUACCACGCUGUUGUGUAGGAUAAUCGGAUUGGACCAGCUCGGUGGGAGGAUGGUCCCUGGUUGAGAAGGGCAUUGAAAAGAGUUGGCCUUCUAAGAACAGCCAGCCUGCGGCAGAAGCCUGGGAUUGAAGGGACUUUAAUGUGACAAUCUCUAGCUGCUUGGUUAGGUAUCUACGAGUGAUCUCUGCUCCUAACCAUCCGGCCCAUUGCCACGAGACUCAGAUGCAAGAUAGGAAAAAGCCAUGCUGUUUUGUUUGGUUUGGUGUGAAGGGGCUUAUCCCCCUUGGACUUCAUGCCCUGGAGGGCUACUGGGUUCUAGUAUGAACAGAAAAGCUUUUUGCAUCCUAGAGAUUCCUAUUCUGCUACUGGAAUUAGACUCAGAGAGAAACAUCCCCAAGCAACUUCUUCCAGCUGUCAGCUUUGAAAAGAAGCUGCUAGGAAAGCCUUGUUUGUGCACAGAGCUCACUCUCUGGCCUGGAAAGGGUUUUUGACUCCACUCUUUGUAUGGUGGGAAAAGGAGCCCCGUGCGCUGCUUUGCAGGCUGCCUGGACUUUCCAUUCCCUUAAAUGGGCACAGAAGCUAAAGCUGGUAUGAACUGGGCCACCAGGACUGUGUGCGUCUGGGGCAGUGGGGUGGCAGGAGCAGGACUCUCUCCGACUCCGACUUUCCUUCUGGGGGUGGCAGGCUCGUUCUUCCUCCCCUCUGCGGGCUAGAUUUGUACCAAAUCUAAGCAAUAAAAAGCAGAAAACUAA